AUGGAGCCCGGCGUUCGUAAGAUCCUGCCCAGGGCACCACCCACCGGCGUGGAAAGAGACAGCGAGGUUGCGCAUUCGGCGGAGGCGUUGCGAAAUGGCAACGGAUUGAUAGACCACACGCGGCCAGAGCGGGUGACAGGAUGGAGGAACGCAACGGUCGAGGAAGAAGGUGCGCCGAAACGCAAGCGACAACACGUCGAGGAGAGCAGUCCGGCCAACCACCCGUUGCCGCCGAUGCGACAGGUCAUGCCGCCGCAGAUCGCGCAGCAGCCUCUCCUCGACAGCGAAAGAGCUGGGCCAGCACGACUGAUACGGACGGGCUUCAAUGCAUACUCUCAGCAGGGUACGCAUCGUUUCCUAUCGCCUCCACCGCCUCGAGACUUCCCGGCUGCCAUACACAGUGACCCUCGCGAUCUGAGCUUUGCAGUGGUCGAGCCAGACCUUAUGGAACUGUUCAGACGUGCAUACUACCUUCGUCACCACGUCCGGCCAAAGCGAUUGUCGGGGGCUGUCUGGUGCGAUCAUGUAUAUUUCAACGACACUUACGCUAUCGACAACAUCCUCCGCAACUGGAUCUCACGAUACGAGCCCGGUGUAUUGCAAUACCCGGCCAGUAUACUGUACAAACAAUGCUUGUGGAUCUUCUUCUCCAGAUCUAUCCAGCCCUCCGAGUCGACUUCUGCCUUUCGACAUAUGGUCGACGACGGCCUACACUUCCUCCGCACCUUUGAGAAUGAACUCGGAGCUCAUGGUGACAGGUCUGUUUUGCUCAUACCAAUCUUCAUCCUCGGCUCGACUUCCUUCUACGCUGGGCAAAGACAAGAGAUCUGGACUUCUCUCAACAGACUAGACCCGUCGUACAGCAUUGACACCGUCAUGCACGCGGCGAGGAGUUUAGAACGUAUCUGGGAGAUGAUGGAUGAUGGCAGGGUCAGCGCUACGUGGGACUGGGAGAAGUAUCAAGCUCACGACUACGCUGGUGCCCAAGUAGACCGGUCCCUCAUCGAGCUGCUGUGGGACCCUUUAGCACCUCCUCCACCCCCACCGCAGACAGCCGCACGAGUGCGAUCACCCGAACAAUACGACUUCGACCCUGGGCGCUUCAGAGCUGCUCCGGUGCCGAUACAACCACCACCCCAACCCCAACCGCGAGACGCAAGCCAGCCCAAGCGAGAAGAAGGUGAGGAGCACUCCCCUCCUCAACACCCUCCUCGCCACCAUUCCACAGCCUCCGUCGACGCGGAGCCGAUGCGUGUUGACGCGAGUCAGGAAGGUCAUCACCCACCGCCCCACCCCUACGCCGAGGCCGCAGCCACUCCGCGCGCCUUCAUCCCGCCCCCGCCUCCCCACGUCAACAUGCACACCAACAACGACAUCAUACAAGUGCUCCAGCGCAAAUCGAGCAACAAGUCCAAGUCGACGGUCCCGCCGUGCACCACGUGCGGCAAGGAGCUGAAGAACCCCUCUGAUGCGCAGAAGCACUAUCUACAGCACUCGAAGCCGUAUCGGUGUUCUGAGCCGGGUUGUACGCGGACGCAGGGCUUCGCUACGGAGAAUGAUUUACAGAGACAUCGCAAGUCGGUGCAUGGAGCUUCGCCGCGUAUCGGAAAUAAGAUUGGGUACAUUUGCGCUGCGUGUCCGGAUCCGACAGACGGCACGCAUCGUAAAUGGUGGCCGAGGCUGGACAAUUUUAAGGCUCAUAUUAGACGCAAGCAUCCGGGUACUGACGAGGAGCGGCUUAUACAACUCUCCGCAUCCGCCCGCCGCCCCGACGACGCUUACUCCGAGCACAGCUACAGCUCCUCCCACGUGCGCACGCCUGGCGAUGGCCGUUACCAUCAGAGCCUCCGCAGUAGCCGGGGCGAGUCGAUGUACGUGGAGCAGAACUCGCCGUUUCGACAGUCGUACCCUCGGUCGAAGAGUGAAGGCAACGAAGAGGAUGGGUCUUAUGACCAGGGUGAGACGCAGGGGGAUGGGGAUGGGGAUGGAGAAGGGAGUGAGAUGGCGGAGCGGACGCCGAAGACCGAGAGUGAAGAGGGUGAGGGUGAGGGUGAGCCUUCCACGAGCGGCGGUGAAGCGAUGGAUGUGUCGCCGACGGGUGAAGCGGAGCAGGGUGACGGGGUUGGUGAGAGGGAAGGAGACGGAGAAGAUGACUGA